ACUGGUCCAGAGGCAGGGACCAAGCCUCUAUGCAGUUGCAGGCCAUUGCUGUGUGUUAGUGUCCCAACAGUCAUUCUGCACGUGGAAGCUGAGGGCAAAGUCGCCGGACCACUGUACCGGGAAAUGGAAAGGAAAUAAAACAGAAGUAAUUAAGGAAACCAAGUGAAACUCUAGAUGUGAGGAGAAUAUGAUGCUAUGUAUUUGUUUUUAACCAUGCUAAUUUAGUUUCUCAUCAGCAUUGUUUUCCUAGGAGGAAGCAUCCCUUAAUUUCACACUGCCCGUGUUUCUGCUUCUGUGUGCCCCACUGACAUUUGGAAUGUCCAGCCUCUGUGUUCUUUCUGUGCCUUGGGAGGAAGAAGUCAACCCUGUAGACAGGAUGCUUAGGAAGCAGAGCCUUGUUUUGGCAGAGAUGUGUGUUUCCAUAUUCAUUUAUGUUCUACUAAAAGAUAAAACCAGAAGAUGGUCAGCUGCACAGAAGGAAGAGGGCCCUUACCAAGAAUGGAAUCUGCCAGCACCUUGACCUUGGACUUCCAGCCUCCACAACCUGUAUUCCAGAAACCAGAAGCAUUGGCAUCCCUUGGGAGCCUGGUAGACAUGCAGGGCUUUGGGCCCCACCGAAUCAGACCAGCUAAAUCAGAAUCUGCAUUUCAACAAGAUCCCCAGCCUGUAGGUGGCAGUGCCUUCCUUCUGUAUGUGCAGCUAGAGGCUCGACCACUUUCAUUUCUAGAGGCUCUGGGAAGGCUGCACCACCUACAGCAGGAGAGAUUAGGCCACCUACCUGGCCCACGACAGCUCCUCCAGGGACAGCGGAAUCAGAUAACAGGAUUUAAUAUGCUGAGAACUGUGUUGUUCUUGAUCCUACAUGAACUGACCUUUCCUCAAGCACCAGAAUUAAAUGUAGACUCUGAUGGGGCAGUGAAUACCAUGAGGUGGCCGGCAGGACUUGGUCAGGCUGGAAGAGGAGCGUUCAGGUUGGAGGGAGACAACGGGAGAGGAGAUCUCAACAAUAACUCAGGGAGAGACCCCGGACCCGUAGACACAACUUCUCCUGUCUUAAUCAUUCUACAUAUUCUUACAUCUUGAAAUUUUGAGCACUGGAGCCACAUAACGUGAAUAGGGUGAAAAAAAGAUGAGAAAAGGCAACCAUGGAAUGGGAGACCCCGGCCACAAGGACCUCUGUUGCUUGCACAUUCCUGAUAGUCUAUCACCUGGCUUCAUUUCUACCUGUUCAUGAUGAUGAGUAAGGUCUGAGAGUGGGAGCGACUGGAGGAAAUAGGUGAUUCUUACCAGUGGUUCUCAAAGGUAAGUCCCUGAACUAUCACUUGCUUCAGAAUAAAUCUAGAAUUCCCAUUAGAAAUUCAGAUUCUUAAGUUCCACUUAAGACCUCUGAGUCAACAUUCCUUGGGUGAGACUCCAGAGUUUGCUUUUAUUACAAGGCUUAUGUGAAUGUGGGGGCACAGCAAUGUUUGAGAACCACCGAGCUAUGAGUUGGGAUUAAGGGUUGUCACCCAUAUUCUCUGUGGAAAUACUACGUUAUAAUGGCCAUAUUUUUAUUACUUACCUUCUAUGCUUGGGACCAUCUGAAUCAUUCACUGGAUUGGGAACCACUAGGGACAUUUUGACCAGUCUUAAAUCCAAACUUUUUUUUUAAACCAAGCUGGUCUUGCUCUUAUGAUGAAACACGUGAAGCAGAUACUCUGGGCCCAAGAAGCUCCUGACGUUUCCUUGCUGGUGGGGUCUUGAGCCACUACCUUGAAGGAAAUAUGUCUCUCUCUUCUGGACAGGGCUCCAGAGAACUAUUAAAAACAGGGCCCACCAGGGAGAUGAAGGAAGGGUAGCAGGGCAGGACUAUACCAUCCCAGACCGACCCCACUCUAUACAUUCUGUCUCAGGCUCAACUCCGAGACUUCAUAGGCUAAACUUCCCCAGGAGUGAGAUGGGAGUUCAGAGAUUUAGGGCCAAUGAGAAUAUGCUGUUCCUAAAAACCUGCACGUAGGUCAGCCCUCCUGCACCAUCCAGGCACACACUGAAUUUUACUUGGAUAAAGAAUUUGUUCCGUACAUGAAAAAAUACCUGGCCCCUCCCACGGAAAAGGACCUAGAAAGAGUACAAGGAACCAAACUGGACAAGCCCUGGGAACUGUUUACCAGGAGGUGAGCUCUUGCAAGGCAUUGCAAAUCACACUGUUCCAUUAACAUAACCAGAGAGCAGGGUGUGCUGGCCAGGAACAAUUAAGAUAAGUUGGGUACUGAGGUAGCCAUCAUGGCUUGGGAUGGUCUUGGCUAAAUUGUAUCUGAAUGAGUAAAAGGAGGUGAAAGCUGUAGAUAAAUUAUAAAGCAGUACGUGUGUUAGUUGCUACUCUUAUCAUUAACAGCAAUCAGCAAAUUACUAGGUGAUGUCACUUGCUAAUUAAUCAUCUCUUGAUGGAAGGAUUCUACCUGCUUUGGCACUAUUACCAUGUCAAAGCAUAGCUUUUUGCAACUAUUAAAGUUAUACAUUGUGCUGGCACUUGUUUUGAUUCUGAAGGUUACAUUUCAUAUUAUAAAGGAGGUUUGGGGUACUGCUGAGAAGUUUUAUUUAUUCCUCCCAUGCCCUUCCUCCCCACUGCAUCUUUCAAAGCCAAGCACAAAUGUCACCUUCAUGGAGUCUUCUGACAGCCCUCUCUCCAUCCAAAAUUAACAGCUCAAUUCUCCACAUUCUGGAAACUUGUAAUUUGUACCUCCUUCUAGCAUUUCUGUCCCUCUGCCUCAUAUGAUAGCUGUUUCAUGCCAUCUUCUCACUAGAUAAUGGUCUCUGGGAGGACAGGGGCCAUGCCAUCUCUUGCACUAGGGUUGCAAAUAGCAGGUACUCAUGAAACAGCCAUGAAAUUCAUAUUUGUAGUCCUGCAACAGAAGUUACAAACUGGCCAGCCACAGGCCAGAAAUACCUAAAUUUUUGACACAGUCGCCUACUGGCAGAUUUCACGUAAAACCCUGGACGUCUGGCAAUUUCCCAUGGCUAUAAGCACCUUGAAAAGAAUGGCAGCUGACCCUUUAGUUUAGUUUUUCUCUCCAGUUUCCCACAAUUGUUUUUCUAUUAUUUGUAUUACCUGUGUGUCCUCCGUGGACAUCUUUCUCAUGGAGAUACCAUUUGUUUACCUUCUUCCACAUUGGUCAGGACCAAAUGCCCCCAUGAAUAGAUGUGUAACUGUGCUUAUGGUAGAUGCAAUUCAGAACCAAAGACUAUGUUUGCCUAGAUAGAUCUUUUAGAGGUCAACUGGUAAUCAACUGGUUUGCUGUGCUCAGUGAUGUAAUUUAGCUUUUAAGGUGGCAAAAUGUGAUCUGAUCAUAUUUUGGUUAAUUGUUUAAGGAUUAGUAGCUUUGUGGAAUACUAAUAAAGUUUCAGCCUGAAGUCCGUACAGAUAAACUAAUGUAGACACUAACACCUAGUACUUAUUGGUCUGAGUUUCUAGUAGGGUGACAUAUUUUUAUAGUUCUCCUUAUACACUCCUAGGAAUCCACACAGGGACUCGUAAGUUGACAAGGUUUUCUCUACCUGAGGUCUCUAUUUCCUCA